AUGGAGCACAUCCCUACUGAUUGUGCGCCUGACUGCGAUCACACCCUUACUGUCGAAAGCCUUGCGAGCCACUGGGAAAAGAGCUGGUCCCAUGGCAAGCUGGUUCUGUCGCACGUGGAAAGGGUCCUCCCAAUGUAUGAACAGGCCAAGUCCUGCAUGUCACGCCAGAGUGUUCAUGAACUUUAUCUGUACCUCAAAACGUCCAGAUGGAUCAGCGUUGCUGACAGACCGAGUUCCCACCAAGCCUACAAGUACUUUCGGGGACUGUCGUCCAACCGCCCAAACCAACCUCUCCGGUACUAUCCCUACUAUUUCAUCAUGCAGGCUCUAUUCCCAAACAGCUUGUCAACUGGUCAGAGCAUCAGCGGUCCUUCCGAGUCCAACAAAGAGUCCAGUGACACGCUACCCACUACCAACGAUCAGGCAGCCGACAGCCGCAACAUAAACUUCUUUCACGACUACGAAGAACGACUCAGCGGUGUCAAAAGCGACUUCAACAAACGUCUUUCCGAUUUGCAGAGCCGUCUCGAGCUUCAGAGGGAUAUCGGGGAAGACUAG